AUGCUACGACUUUCUCUGCCACAGCCUUCGCAGACAAAAGAUGAGAUUGUCAAGUUCAUCAAUGGUGUCAUCGAGCCACAGACCGAGACGUACAAUCUGGCCUUGUUCUCCUCGUCGGGCGUCACGACCUGGUGUCCACAGUUUCAGAGCAAGCUGGAUCCGAAGAAAGGCUUAGCAGACUCGCUGAAGUGGCUGAAUAAGAACAUGACCGCCAAGAGCUGUGCAGCUCAAGCCUAUCCGCCGGACUGGGUCUCGGUACUCACCAAGUUCGUGGCGGAAGGAGUGACGCUUCCCUGGCGGAUAUACGUUUGCUGCUCCCGGGCCCCCGAGGGGCGUACGGAAGAAAUCUUAGAGCUCAUCGCCCACUUGCGGAGCACCAACGAGUCUCCCGCCAAGGGGGAACCUCUUCUUCCCCUGAACAUCGUGGCCUUUGAUCCGACGAUCGUCGGCAACGACGAGGAGAAGGUGUUCUUCACAGAGGUUGCCGGGCCAGAUGGGAAUUUCCUCAUCGACACUUCUGCAGAGGAUCUCACAGCCUUGGACAAGAUGCUCAAGGCCGUACAGGUCAAGCGAAAACAGCUGGAUAAGCUGAACAAGAAGCUCGACAAGAUGGAGAAUCUCUCCGAUCGGGUGUCAGAAGAUCGAGCGCUGCUUCAGAUGCAAAUAGCGCUCAACAAUAUGAUCGCCAACGACCUGGAGCUUUGCGACUGGGCGUUGAAGAACGAGGCAGGGCGCAGCAAACCCUCAUCCCCUGGAGCUGAAUGUCAGACAUAA